CAUCUCACGAUCAUCGCGCUCGCCGACCAAGCAAAUCGGCCGGAAACCUAGCAGCCUCUCCAGAUCGCAUCAGCCAUGGCGGCCGCCGCGCAAGAAGGCCUGACCCACCGCGUCGCCGCCAGGGACGACGACGCCAGGAACGCCGCGGUCGCCGGCGGCGCACCCACCAGCCGGGACCCGAGCUCGAGGAAGCCGGGCGCCCGGCGCGGCCUCCGGUCGCUCGCCGCCGCGGUGUCCCUCUCGGCCGGGCUCGCCGCGCUGUCCUUCUUCCUCUCCACCGGCUCGGCGGCGCACAGGGCGGCGCCGGCGUCGACAGUGGCGAUCGUGCGGGCCGGGUCAGUGGCGUCGGAGGCGGUGUUGGCGGUGGCGGCGUGGAUGACGUGGGCGGAGGGCGGGCUGCACGCGCGCCCGGCCGCCACGCUGCUCCCCUACGCGGCGCGGCUGGCGUGCGCCCUCGCGUGGGCGCCGCUCGUGCUGGGCCACGGCGCGGUGCUCGCGGGCCUCGCGUGCUGCGCGGCCAUGGCCGCCGGCGCCGCGGCGUGCGCGCGAGGGUUCGGCGCCGUGAACCCCGUCGCCGGGGACCUCGCCAAGCCCGCCGUUGCAUGGGCCGUGCUCCUCGCCGUCGUCAACUACAAGAUGCUCUGAGCGCGGCUGGCGUUCCGCCCUCCAACUCGAUCUCUUUCUCUUUCUCGUGCGUGUUGUGUUCAUGUUCGAUCGCGUGCAGGGCCUCUCUCUCCCUCCCUCCCUCGCUCUCUCUCUCUGAGCGCACAGUAUUUUGUUGUGUGGACACGUUUGUAUUAUACUGCAUGACUUGCGAUGUGAGUGUAUACUGUAUGCACAACAACGUAUGUACUCGUAUGUCGUAUGUUACGUA